AUGAGUGGUUUCAAGAAUGUGAUGCAGGGUGGCUGGCAUCCGAAGGGCAAGGAAGGAAAGAAAGAAAGUUGGCGUGGUGACUUCAAGGGCAUCAACCAAGUGGCAGGAUGGAUGGGCAAGGGAAAAGAUCCGAACGACGAUGCCUCCGAACAUGUAUCCCAACCGCUAUCAUCGCUGAAGGACCCUUCCUCUUUCGGUCCACCACCCAAACACAUUCAUUACCACGGCGCCGCAGCUCUACCGAACGAGACCACACCGGACCGUCGAGGGAUUGGAGCUCCGUUAUCUCAGGAUCAAAUCGCCGAACAGAAUGCACACCGACAGCAAGCGGUACAAGAAGAAGAGGAAGCUGCACAAAAUCCGCCAGCUCCUCCAAUUCCAUAUCGGGUGAAUACGACCGGGCUCUCUACGAACAACCUUCCGCCGCCACCCGUCCGGCGCCUGGAUUCACCGAAUUCGGGUUCCUCUGCUUCGGCUUCGGCUUCGGCUUCGGCUCCUGCACCGGCGAGCGCAAAACCUAGACCACAGCUCCCGCCUCGAGUUCCGCCACGAAAUGCCACACCCGAGACACAUUCUCCCUCCCCGCCCCCCGCAUACAAUGCUACGCCGCCCCCUGCAUUACAUGGAUACGUCAACCAACAAGCGACAUCACGCCUUGCCAGCGCUGGCGUUUCGGUUCCGGCACUUGGGAUCGGCGAGGCGAAUGCUUCCUCGCCGGCGUCCUCGGGUGCGCAAGGCGCAAAUGUCAAUGAACUUCAAUCCCGAUUUUCGCAAAUGCGAACCAUUUCGGGCUCGGCAUCACCGCAAUCCCCAGCGCGGACUCCUAUUCCCAGUGCGAAUCGAGAGGACGCUCUUCCUCCCCCUCUUACUUUCCGCGAGCGUCAUGCAGAUAAGAUUGAUAUGGGCAAGGAGAAAUGGGGUGGAGUGACGUCACGCUUCAAUACCUUUGUGGAGGAUCGCAAGUUUUCGGCCAACGCAAACAAGAGAAUUCCUCGACCGCCCGGUCCCAAUUCCCCCAGCUCUAGCAGCACCGUGAUCAAUGCACGCCAUUCCGCAGUGGCCGAGAACCCAACUCAAUCAACUGGCAACAGCACCCUGGAAGCUCAAGCCCAACGCAAAAAAGCACCCCCACCUCCGCCUCCCAAGAGAGCAGAUAUUCGUGCAGCUCCCGUAAAUGCCUCGCCGACCUCAUCCGCCUCGUAUACACCACCGCCCGUCCCGCUCAACACCAAACCCCGCUGA